AUAUAUUUUAUUUGGCGGAUGAACAUUUGUUUACAAACUGGGUGAAGAAUCAAGAAGUGUCAUCUGCUAGCUGAGGGGAUUCUGGAUAUCGUUUCUACUGUGUACAGAUUUCACCAUGGAAGGGCUUGAAUUUAUGGAACCGUCUGAUUUGUACAAUAUGCUACAACAAUCAACUGUGUUCUCAUGUUUGAGUGAUCCUAAUUAUCUGCUACUUAUAGAUUCAAGAAAACGUCAUGAAUAUAAUGAAAGUCAUGUGGUUACAGCUAAGAAAGCCCCAAAGAAUGAAGAUGAGGAUUACGUUAUACCUUAUGAUGCUGAACUGGAGUGUAAACAGAACAUUGUUGUGUAUGACAGUAAUACUGCAUCAUUCAGGGAUGAAGGCCCUGCUGUGGAUUGUGCACGGUUGCUAUGGGAAUAUGGCAGCAGAAAUCAAGUCAAAAUUUUGAAAGGUGGUUAUGAGGAAUUUUCUGCAUUGUAUCCAUUUCUCAGGACUCAGAAGAUACUGUUUAUGCCAAGGGAGAUGGACGAGCUGAAGCCUUACCCCACAGAGAUCAUCCAGGGCGUCCUGUACCUGGGUAACUGGAGGCAGGGCAACGCAGCAUACAUACAGAAGGAUCUCAAAAUCAAGGGACACAUCAACUGCUGUGUUGAGUCCGAGACUUUUUUCCCCGACCCUGGCCCCAACUUGCUGCACAUACAGACGGAGGACAGGAAUGAUGCUGAUCUCUACAGUCAGUUUGCAACAGCCUGUGCCUUCAUUGAUACCCAGAGACAGGAUCAAAAAGCAAUACUGGUAUUUUCUCUGCUUGGUAUCAGUAGAAGUGCCACCAUCAUCAUUGCCUAUCUUAUGCAUCACUUCAAGUGGACACUAGAGGAAGCCUACUGCCACAUAAAGAAGUGCUGUUCCACAAUCCGACCGAAUCGGGGAUUUAUAGAGCAGCUGUCCAGAUGGGAAGAAGAUAUCCUUGGAGAGAAGAAAACAGAUAUCAGUGAUCCCAGUUACUGAAUACACAAUAUAGAUUUCAUCAUGUACAUUUCAUAUCGAUUUCAAAUAUCUGUGAUAGAUACUGUCAAUUUCACCAUGAAAAGUCAUCACCUGCUGUUGUUAAUGUGAAUCAUGGUAUGUGAUUAAACAUUUAAGUCUUCAUAACACAGUAUGAAAUAAGGCUAUUCAUUUUCAUAUGUGAAUUAUAAUCGUUUCUAAAUGUACAAUUUAGUUUAAUGAAUACAAUUUGGCUAUCAAUACAAUUACAUCAGAUGUUUGUUGUUUUCAGAUUAUGAUGAAAAUUAUAUAUUUUUAGAGAACUUAUGUUUCUUGCUAAAUGAUCAAGACUACUGGUACUGCUGAAUUGUUUUGUAAAGAAGAUAUGUUAUUUCCUGUUACUAUUAUAUUUUAGCUGUUUGGGAUGUGUCAUUUUAUGUUGUUUUAGCAAAGAAAAUCUCAAUCAUCUUUCACAUAACAAAUACGUCUUAAGUUUGGGAUCUUCUUUCUCAAAUUUAUGGUUCAAAUUAUAUAUUAUUCAAAUUACAUGUAUUUAUUAUUAAAACCUCUUAUGGAGGGGGAAAUUGAACUCUUAAGUAAACUCAAAAUGACUGUGUGACAUAUUUUUAAUGAUAUUAUAUUUUGUAAUUUGUACACGUGUGAAUAUUGUAAAUAUUCAAUUUAGUAAAUAGUGGAUUGUUGUGUAAAUAUGUCCAUAUAUUAUGCAUAAUAAAUCUGUACUAUUAUGAACCUCA